UGGUGAGAUUAAACAGAGAAAGCGAGACGAAGCUCUGGAAACAUGUUUCCUUUUUAUCAAUCACAUCUAGGGAGCAGCUGGGAAAAAUGGGGACUUGUGAAGAAGGUCUGUAAGGUUGCCUAAGGAUCCGGGAGCCGAAGAGACCGGCUGAUUGGAAGAAAAAAGCAGAGAGAUGGAGGCGGGGGAAGUGCGAGCUCUCUGCGGGGACUGGAGCGAGUCCACGCCCGGGGCCAGCGCUGCAGAGCUGGCGUGCAUUCAACCAACGCUUCCCAGCUAAAGCAAGCCCAGGAAAGAAGAGGGGGAAAAGGGGGGAGCUUUUCUCCAAAGUCCUUCCGAUCUGCAGGGUGAAAAUUGAUUGACGCCACCGUGAAGGGGGAAGACAAGGAGCUGGAAGGGGGAGACCCGGGAGGUGUCACCCUUGGGUCUGAGAGGUGGAGGAUGAACGGAGAAGCAGAUAGUCCAACUGAUUUAGAAAUGACGGCCCCCAAAAAUCAAGACCGUUGGACCCAGGAAGACAUGCUGAGCCUCUUGGAGUGCAUGAAAAAUAACCUGCCCUCCAAUGAUGGCAGCAAGUUCAAAACCACAGAAUCCCAUUUGGACUGGGACAAAGUGGCCUUCAAAGACUUCUCUGGUGAUAUGUGCAAGAUGAAAUGGAUUGAGAUCUCCAAUGAGGUGAGAAAGUUCCGGACCUUGACAGAAUUGAUAAUGGAUGCUGAAGAACAUGUGAAAAAUCCAUACAAAGGCAAAAAACUGAAGAAGCAUCCUGACUUCCCAAAAAAACCUUUGACUCCGUAUUUCCGUUUCUUCAUGGAAAAGCGAGCAAAAUAUGCUAAGCUACAUCCAGAGAUGAGUAACCUGGACCUAACCAAGAUUCUCUCAAAAAAAUAUAAGGAACUCCCUGAAAAGAAAAAGAUGAAGUAUAUUCAGGAUUUCCAACGAGAGAAACAAGAUUUUGAGCGGAAUCUGGCAAGAUUUAGGGAAGACCAUCCUGAUCUCAUUCAGAAUGCCAAGAAAUCUGAUAUCCCAGAAAAACCCAAGACCCCCCAACAGCUCUGGUAUACUCAUGAGAAGAAGAUCUACCUGAAAGUCCGACCUGAUGCCACCACGAAGGAGGUGAAGGAAGCGUUGGGCAAGCAAUGGUCUCAGCUCUCGGACAAAAAAAGGCUGAAAUGGAUUCAUAAGGCUCUGGAGCAGCGGAAGGAGUAUGAGGGGAUGAUGCGGGAUUACAUACAGAAGCAUCCAGAGAUGAACAUUGAGGAGGGGGCACCACAACGGUCCACCCUAACAAAAGCAGAGAGGCAGCUGAAGGACAAGUUUGAUGGGCGACCCACCAAGCCCCCUCCAAAUAGUUACUCACUUUACUGUGCUGAGCUGAUGGCAAACAUGAAAGAUGUCCCAAGCACAGAACGGAUGGUGCUCUGCAGUCAGCAGUGGAAACUUCUUUCCCAAAAGGAAAAGGAUGCCUACCACAAAAAGUGUGAUCAGAGAAAGAAAGAUUAUGAAAUUGAGCUUUUGCGUUUCCUGGAGAGCCUCCCUGAAGAAGAACAACAGAGGGUUUUGGGAGAGGAAAAAAUGCUGGGAAUAAAUAAGAAAGGUGCCACCAGCCCUGCCUCUAAGAAGUCAUCACCAGAUGCCAGCAAGGGAGGUUCUGAGAAACCCAAACGACCUGUUUCUGCUAUGUUUAUCUUCUCGGAGGAAAAACGCAAGCAGCUGCAGGAGGAGCGACCUGAACUGUCAGAAAGUGAACUGGCCCGGUUGCUGGCGCGAAUGUGGAAUGAUCUUUCCGAGAAAAAAAAGGCCAAAUACAAAGCUCGGGAGGCUGCCCUAAAAGCUCAGACGGAGAAAAAACAUGGUUCUGACAAGGAAGAUCGUGGCAAACUUCCUGAGUCACCCAAGACUUCUGAGGAGAUCUGGCAGCAAAGUGUUAUAGGAGAUUAUCUUGCCCGCUUUAAGAAUGACAGGGGGAAAGCAUUAAAGGCCAUGGAAGCUACCUGGAAUAAUAUGGAGAAAAAAGAAAAACUUAUGUGGAUUAAGAAAGCAGCAGAAGAUCAAAAACGAUAUGAACGAGAACUGAGUGAGAUGAGGGCACCACCAUGUUCAACAAAUGCUUCCAAGAAGAUGAAAUUCCAGGGUGAACCAAAGAAACCCCCCAUGAAUGGAUAUCAGAAAUUUUCUCAGGAGCUGCUUUCAAAUGGUGAACUCAACCAUCUUCCUCUGAAAGAGCGAAUGGUAGAGAUUGGGAGCCGCUGGCAACGGAUCUCUCAGAGCCAAAAGGAUCAGUAUAAAAAGUUGGCUGAAGAACAGCAGAAACAGUACAAAGUGCACCUGGACAUGUGGCUGAAGACCUUAUCACCACAAGAGAGAGCUGCCUACAAAGAGCAUACCUCCAGUAAACGUAAGAAUAUGGGGAAGAUGCGAGGCCCAAAUCCAAAAAUGAAACCUUCAAUGCAGUCCAAAUCAGAAUCUGAGGAAGAGGAUGAAGAUGAGGAUGAGGAGGAUGAAGAGGAAGAUGACGAUGAGGAUGAGAAUGGUGAUUCCUCUGAGGAGGGAGGAGACUCUUCAGAUUCAAGUAGUGAAGAGGAGAGUGAAGAUGGGGAAGAGAAUGAAGAAGAGGAUGACGAAGAAGAUGACGAUGACGACGAGGACAAUGAAUCAGAAGGCAGCAGCAGUUCCUCAUCCUCUUCAGGAGACUCUUCCGAUUCGGACUCCAACUGAAUUGUCUUUCAUCUUCCACCUUCCUUGCUGUACUUUAUUCGGUUUUGUUUUUCCGGAUAAUAGUAACAUUGCAGCUGGAAAGCUGGGAAUGGGGAAGAAACAGAGGGGGGGCGGGGGCGGGGGAGGGAAUCACUGUGGUUUAAUUCACUUCCUUUCUUCACACGCCUCACAUUGCAUUAACGAUGUGUGGGUGUGGCAGAGAGGAGCAAGGGGCAAGGUACACAAUAGCUGACAACCAGCUGAGGGGUGUACUUUUCCCUUUUUUUAUGGCUGAUGAUAGUGUGGGGAGAGAACUUCAUUAUAUAAUCCCUUCUCUCUCCCUCCCCUUAAAUCUCUGUUUAUGAGAGAUGACAGGGGUCAUAGCAAAAUCCAGACUCCUUUAACUUCUUUUCCCCCCUCUCAUCUUCAUCCUUCUUCCAACCCCCAGUUCUAGCCACCAGCUUGGGACUUUGUACAAAUCCUUUUUUAAACAACAACAUGGCAAUGAGAGACAUUUUCCCCUUUUUCUCCAUCAACCCCAGCAAACAGCCAAGGAGAGAUGGAUUCUGAAAGAGCACGAGCUGUGGGAAUUUGCCAGUGAGCCCCAUCACUCCUCAUAAUGGACAAUCUUGUAUAGUCUUGAUCUUUCACAUUUUAACAAAAGAGAAAGAGAGAAAGCAAACAAAGUGGCUGCAACUGCACUUAGCAAUUUCCUGUGACAAACUGGAUAUCCAGCAUUUCCUGCUGAGGGAAAUGGGAGUUGGGGAGGGUCAUAUUUUGUGUGAGCGUGUUGCAAGAGUCAAGGGAUAGAAGAGGAACUGAAGAACGGGAUUUUUUUAAUUUUAUUUUUUUGCAAAGGGGAAAUGUCUGGCAUACUGUUGAAGAUGGAGAGAAUUUCAAGAACUUCAAGUGACUGGCUUUAUUUUGCUGGAGAUGGACUUUUCUGUCAUUUUUCUGACCAGCGUUUGGAUAAAGACCAUAGUAGCCAGACCCCUUUGGGUUGAUGUUGUUGUUAAUAUAUAUAUUUUUUUUUACAAUGAAGUGACCAAUAAUUGUACCAAAAUGGGGCAUUUUGUUGACUGUCUUUGGGAGGGGUGGUUGGUUGUGGGGAUCAUAUGUGUCAUUAGCAUUUUUUAAAAAAUAUUUUAUAAACCAAGUAAGACAACCAUCUUUUUUUACAACAAAACGUUCCCUCUUUGACAUUAACCUCUUUACGUGUCUUUUACCAAAUGCAGAAUUUAGUAGUUUUAAGAUCUUGAGGAAAAAUGAUUUCUGUGAGACCGUGUAUUGAAGAAAUACAAAUGUAUGUUUUUUUUUCCAACAUGUCUUGAACACA